CACUUAACUUAUGUAAACAACGGUAUGGAGGAGGAAGAUAUCAUUAUGAAUAAAGAGAAAAAUAUGGAUAUCAUAACCCAAAAUAAAAUUGUUUCUUAUAUUUUGGAUGAUUGGAAGAUUUUGUUGUUCCUUGUUGCAAUAUAUUCGAUAUAUUAUUAUGGAACAUACAAUUACGACUAUUUUGAAAAGAAAGGAAUCAGUUAUAUCAAGCCUAUAAUAUUUGUUGGUAGUUUGUGGAAGCGUGUAACAAAACAAAUAUCUUAUAAAGACUAUCAAUUAUAUGUUUAUAAUCAUUUUAAAGGAAAACCCUUUGGUGGCAUAUUCCUCGGUCGGAGGCCAACGCUGUUUAUAAUCGACCCUGAUCUUAUUAAAGCUAUUACAACUCGAGAUUUCGAAUAUUUUGUGGAUCGGAAUUCCUUGGAAACUGCUGAACCGAGAUUCCUCAAAAGGACCUUACUUAACCUGAAGGGAUCGCAAUGGAAAGCAGUUCGCAGCGCUAUAACACCAUCAUUCAGCUCUUCUCGUUUAAAGAACAUGAUACCAUUGAUACAGCAAAGUUCAGACCAAAUGGUUAAAUUCUUACAACAAUAUGAUAAAAGUGACGUCGAAAUGAAAGAUUUAGUGGGCCAUUUGACACUGGAAGUGAUCGGCGCAUGCGCAUUUGGGAUCAAAACCGACGCUUUGACUGAUGAAAACGCGCAUUUCGUAAAGUUAGCAAAACAGUUCGGAGACUUAACGUCGAAAAGGAAGGUUUUUUUAUUGGUAUUUAUAAUGUUUAUGCCCAAUUUAAUGAAAUAUUUCAAUCUAUCCUUUUUGAAUACUGAUGCUAUCGAAGAACUGGUCAAGGUUUUGAAAGUGACUAAAGCUGAGAGAAGGAAAGCUGAAUCAAAAAAAAGAGAUUUCCUACAACAGAUCAUAGAAGCGGCAGACAAGGAAAGAGAAGAAGCCGAAAAGACGGGUGCAGUCAUUCAACUCGACGAGGACACAAUAGAUGGUCAAUCGUUCCUCUUCCUCAUAGCAGGGUAUGAGACAUCAAGCACAUUGUUGUCAUUCGGUAUUCACAUUCUGGCCGUGAAUCCGGAACUACAGAAAAAGCUUCGUGAACAUAUUUUACAAGUUACAGAAGGAAAGGAAAUUACUUACGAGUUAUUAACAGAACUCGAUUAUCUCGAAGGAUUCUUAUUAGAAACAUUACGCCUGCACCCGCCACUAUCGAGGGUAGACAGAGUCUGUGUAAAGGAUUACGUCAUCCCCGGUACAAAUGUGACACUAGAGGCUGGGCGAGUGGUCGCCAUAUCCGUGUAUGGCGUGCAUAUGGACCCUGACAUAUACCCAGAGCCUCAUGAAUUCAGACCAGAGAGGUUUAUGGGGGAAGAGAGGAAGAACAGACCUUCACACUUGUAUUUGGCUUUUGGAGCUGGUCCUAGAAACUGUAUUGGUAUGCGUUUUGCUAUGAUAUCUGCCAAGAUAGCUAUGGUGUCGUUAUUGAAGAAUUUCAAAUUCUCCCCAUGCGAUAAGACAGAAAAUCCUGUCAACGUUGACAGGGACUCUGUACUGUUAAAACCCGCUGCAGGUUUAUGGGUGAAAUUAGAAAAGUUAUAAAUGAAACACAAAUUUAUUAAUAUUUGAUUACAAUAUUUGUUUUUGUGUUUAUAAUAAAAAUUA